GGUAACCUUUCUUAAUAUGUUAUAUCAUGUUCUACUAACCAUUUGUUUUUUAUCAGAGAUAUCAUUGGGGGAGUUGUAGAAGUGGAAAGACACGGGCUUGUGGCCAAAUUAAACACCAAAGAUAUUGGGAUUAUUAAUGGUCAUGCCAAGCUGAUGAAGCUUUCGAGUUCUAAUGGGUGUCAGCUUUUAAUGCAAAGGCAAAAUCUAAAAGCAUUAAUGGAAGAAUUGUUAGGACUGAGUCAUAAUUCGAAGGAAUUAGGAGAUUUUUACUCUCGGGUUAACAGGUUUCCUAUGUGUCGACUUGGCCACCUAAGAAAUCAUCCGUUGUUGUUGACGCCAAAAGAAAGAUUUCUCCUCCCUGUUAUAGCGAUUAUUCUUCUGAAUUACGGGAGGACUGCAUCAACUUGGAGAACAUCAUACAAUCAACAAUUUAAACCUCAUAAAGUGGAUAUAAAGAAAAAAGUUCAAGGAGAUAGGGAGUAUUGGAGAAUUUUCACUCAUAGAGAGAUGAGCCGUUACCAACCGACGCCAGCAAAUCAAGUUGUUUUUAGCCAAAACGCCAAAUCUCAUUUAAAUGAUGAGUAUCAAUGUAAAACCCUUGAGGAGGUGGAGGAGGACCUAAAUAGGUUUUUCCCAAACAUGCUCCCUGAUCUUAAUGCAUUUUUGAUGGAUCAAGGGAUCGAUGCUUUUCAUAAAGAAAAUGACAAAUAUGGAGAAGAUGUCCUUAGCCAUUUGCACCCUAUCCUAAAGCGUUGCAUGUUCAAAAAUGGUGAUUGGGAUACUAAAUACUUUUGUGAGAUUUGUCGAUUGAUUUUCUCCUUAAUUGAGAUCUGUUCUUAUGUGAUACCUGAGGCUUCUCAGAGUCAAGACCUAUCAAGCGAUCAAACCAAUUUUAAAGAAAAAAUUCAGUAUCUACUUAAAUAUGUUCCCAGUAGCUACCAGCUAAAGGAACCGCUAGCAAAUCCUAAAGAUAUCAGGUGUGGAUCAAGUAUAGCAGGUUUCUUAUUUCAGUUGGCAAGUCAUUUGGGUCAAUUAGCGGGAAAACGACCAAAGUAAUUUCUUGGGGAUCAAUUUAUGUGAAAGACCUAAGUCAUGAUAAAAGGCACUGGCCUCCAAAGAGAAAUCUUUUGAAGAAACAAAAAAAAUUUUGUGGUG